AUGUGGACACCUGUGGCGAUCGUCACGAUGGGAUUAUCUUGCAUUGCGACAGGAUUGACGACCUUCAGUCUCCGUCGGUCAUGGGACGUGCACGUCUCGAGCGUCCGAUGGCUCUUUUCCGUCUUCUUUGCUUGCUACUUUGUCUUCACCUUCAGUCGCGUCGUCUACAUGAUCGUAAGUGUUAGCCGUCCAUGGGAGUCCACGACGAACGCGGCGAUGCAAUCACUCACAAACCGAUACAGCAAGCUCGGCGUGUUCUCCGUUCUGCACUUUAAAGUCUCACAUAACGCUGUCGUCACGUCUCUGCUGGUCCUGGGGGACUCGGCGCUUUUUGCAGUGACCGUGUGGACGUUUCCGCUCGUGCACGAACUCGAGCUCAUUGCAGCCAAGUCAAUGGACCGAGGAGCUCAGAAAGAACGAGAGCAGAUCCGAUGGUACAUGUGGCGAGUCUGGCCCAUUAUUGCUGUCUUUGUAAUAGCGGAGACUGUACUAGCAGCCGUGAAGGGCGGGUAUACCACUGCCACGCAACGCUGUCUGCUCGCUGUGUACGUGACGCAGUUCUUGAGCUUCCUGUACAUGGUGCUGUGCAUUGCAAGGCUCAACUGGAGAGGCAGGAAGUACGAAAACGUCCAGGGCCAAUUCGUCACGUCGCCGAUCUAUCAACGUCUCAUGCGGAUUAUGACCAUCUACGCGAUCUUCACGCUGCAAUUCCAAGCCGCAUCAGUCGUGCUGUACGCCAUGCCGGACCAGAAGUUCAAACUCAUGGACUUCAUGAGCGUCAGUGCUCUCGUUUACUGCAUCUCGGGCUCAGCCCUUGCAAUCACGACCAUGUGCAGCCAAGCUUGUCUGCUAAACUCUUGCCGUUGCUGUCUACCUGAUGACGUUGAAGCACAGGUUGAAGCUAGACUGAUGCAUCCUGGAGAGCUUCUUUCACCGCAAGAUACGCUCGUGCUAGUGGAGUCGAUCGAGCCGCCUCUUGUGAACCCCGUGUUCGUGUUCACGGACAUUCAGCAAUCGAGUGCGUUGUGGGGCAUAGACGACGGUCUCAUCAUGCAGCGGGCGACGGAGAUCCACGACAAUAUGCUUAGGUCGCUAUUGAUGAAGUACCGUGGCUACGAGAUCACGACGGCAGGGGAUGCCUUUCAACUGGCAUUCCACACUGUCCGUGAAGCUGUUGAGUACUGUUUAGAUGUGCAGAUACAGCUACUGGAAGCAGCUUGGCCAAAGGAGUUGCAUGGCCUGUUGGCUGCAACGAAAAAGCUGCGAUCCGGUCAUCACCUGCUCUUCUGCGGUCUGCGAGUCCGCAUGGGCAUUCACGAUGCCGUGGAUGCAGACGGACCUUUGGUACUAGACGUGCAUGCUGUGACUGGCAAGAUGACGUACACGGGCGCCUCUGUUGUGAUUGCUAAUGAAAUCGGGGAUCUAGGCGACGGUGGGCAGAUUCUAGUCACCAAACGCAUUGCAGACUGGCUGUACAUGUUUGCGGACCUCGUUGCCACCCCGUGCUCGGUUGACCGCAUGGGGGAGCACACGAUGCCUCAGAUCAAUGCACUCGCGGAAGUGUUUCAAGUGGUUCCGAUUGAACUCGCGAAGCGCAAGACCAGCUUCUCGACAACUUUGACCAAGCGAGUGGCUGCUGCUACACACUCGUUUGACGUCUUGCACUCUUGUAGCGAUGCAACUCCUUCUGGUUUGAGUCAUGCAGCCGCGGAACGUCGACGUAAUGUGUAUGCAUCGCGUGAACGGCGACGGCAACUGGAACAAGGGGCACUACUGGAUCAACAUGCGUCGUCACAUUAUGCAUUGUUAGGGACUGACGGUGUCCUUCACGAAGGGAGUUGCAGUAGUAGCACAUCAACGAUGCUGUAA